AUGGAUCUUCGGGAUGCCCUCGCUGAUGUCCGCCACCUCCUUGUCCAGGCCGCUCAACAUGGGCAGCUGGACGAGGUGGUCUCGGCUUUGCAACCUGGCUGCGACCGCUUGCAGGGCUUUCAGCUCUGCCACUCCGCUGUUAAAGGCCCCGGUGACUUGAACCGCUUGGUCUCUGCUGCUAUGACUGGUGUGACCCGCUGCUUGGGCUUCUCCUGUCAGCUGAAAAGCGACCGUCUGAAGAUCGAUGAGAUCGACGUGAACCUGCUCCCUUCUCUUGUCCCUCUGCUCCUUGUCCCUCGGCGGACACUGAAGCGCUGGGUGCAGGCCGAGGAAGAGGUGGUCUCGGCUUUGCAACCUGGUGCCUUGGCUGGAGCCUAUGAAGGCUGCGACCGCUUGCAGGGCUUUCAGCUCUGCCACUCCGCUGUUAAAGCCCCCGGUGACUUGAACCGCUUGGUCUCUGCUGCUAUGACUGGUGUGACCCGCUGCUUGGGCUUCGCCUGUCAGCUGAAAAGCGACCGUCUGAAGAUCGAUGAGAUCGACGUGAACCUGCUGCCCUUCUCUUGCCUGCAAUUCUUCAUGACAGGCUUUGUGCCGUUGAAUCGGGCCUUCACCGUCCAGGCCGCUCAACAUGGGCAGCUGGACGAGGUGGUCUCGGCUUUGCAACCUGGUGCCUUGGCUGGAGCCUAUGAAGGCCCCGGUGCUGGAAUGGAGACUCGUUGGCUGAUUCCGGACGGCCUGCGAGUGCCGCAGGUCGACAUGAAGAUAUGCCCCACUCCUGACAGAACGGACAGACGCGUCAGGCGGCCACCGCCGGCCUUGUGCCGGCAGCUGCAGGCGGCCAAACACAACAAAAUGGUCACGCGGCCAGCGUCGGCCUUCUGCCGGCAGUUACAGGCGGCCAAACACAACAAAAUGGUACCCGGCGAUGGAAACCUCGGAGGUCUCCGACACGCUGGUAAAGCCAUACAACGCUGUCGUCCUGCUGCUUCUGCUGCCCAGCUUUUGCUCGACCUCGUCUGCAAAGGUCUGGUUGCCCAGGCGGAGGAGUUCGCCAUGCUCAGCCGUGAGGGCUCUGGUGUGGCGGCAGAAGACCACACGUGGGCCAAGGAGGUGCUGGAGUCUUCCGCAGUCUGUGGCGAUGCUGCAGAACGUCAAAAGCUCCUGGCUUUUCUGGCGGCCUACUGCCAAUGCGAUGAUGAAACCGCCAAGUUGCUGGGGCGCCGAUACUUCAACCUCGCAGCACCUUUCGCGAUGUCAAGAUCGGCAUGGACGAAGGUGCGCAGAGACAUGGCCAAGGCGAAGGCUGCCGCAGCACCGCCGGCAACGAGGGCUGAACCUGUGGCGGCGGCGGGAGCUCCGCCUGCGGCGUCGCCGACGGCGACGGGGCCUCCGGCUCCUGCUGCAGCAGCAGCCGGACAGCGACAAGGAGGCAUGUCGAAGUCAGGCGUCGUGAAGAACUGGGUGGAAGACAAGGGCUUCGGCUUCAUAGGCCCAGACGACGGCAGCGAAGACCUGUUCUGCCACGCAUCCUCCCUGCAAGGGUGCAAGCGCCUGGGCCAAGGAGACAAGGUCCGUUUCGAUGCGGAGUACGACGAUCGCAAAGGCAAGAUGCGGGCGCUGAACGUCUCUCUGGAAGGUGGCGGAGGUGGCGGCUGCGCGGGCCGUGGCUAUGACCGGGAUGAUCGUCGCGGAGGGUAUGAUCGGCGAGAUGACCUCCGUGACGACCGCCGAGACCGUGGCGGCUGCGCGGGCCGCGGCUAUGACCGGGAUGAUCGUCGCGGAGGGUACGAUCGGCGAGAUGACCUCCGUGACGACCGCCGAGACCGCUGGGAUGACUCAGGCCAAUGUCUCUGUCUACUUCUGCUUCUCUCUCCCUCCCUCUCUCUCUGUCUCUCUGUCUCUCUGUCUCUCUGUCUCUCUGUCUCUCUGUCUCUCUGUCUCUCUGUCUCUCUGUCUCUCUGUCUCUCUGUCUCUCUGUCUCUCUGUCUCUCUGUCUCUCUGUCUCUCUGUCUCUCUGUCUCUCUCUCUCUCUCAGCAUGGGUCGGGGAUUCGUUGGUGCAGUUGCAGCGAUGA